AUGGUCUUUCAGCAUACUUCAAUUUCGCCUAACCUUUCAGAUACUUCAUCGGAUCUUCCAUCUGACAGCAAAUUGUGGAUAGAGGAUGAUUAUGAAUUUGAAGGAGAUUUCGGAUAUGGUUUUCCCGAAGGAGAUGCCAUUUCAAGAGACUUGAAGCCGAAAGUUAACUUUAGAAGCGGAAAAACGUCUAUUCGAAAAAUUGUAUUCAACAAAAUGUCGCCGAAUGAAACGCUUUUUGUUGAAAGCACACCAAGAGUUUCUCGAGACACUGUGACUAAUUCUUUUAUAAACUUCGAAACAAUUGAAUUUCCUGGCCAAAUCAGUCCUUUUGAUGAUGCUUUGGAGUCGCAGUCUACAUUUAAAAGAUGUGGAGCUCUUUUGUUUGUCUUAGAUUCUCAGAUUCCAUACUCGAAGUGCGAUCAUUUAGAGCCCGAUGAAGUUAAUGAUGAAUAUUCAGAAACCAUCAAGAAAAUGUGUGACUAUUUUAAACGAGCAUACAGCAUCAACCCAAAUAUUAAUUUCGAGGUGUUUAUUCAUAAGGUAGAUGGGCUCAACGAAGAAACAAAACUUGAGAUUCAGAGAGAUGUCUUUCAGCGGGUUCAGGAUGAUAUGAACGAUGACGGCUACGCUCACUUAAUUAUUAGUAAAGUUGUACAAAGGCUUAUUAGACAACUUCCUGCUUUGGAAAGAUUGCUGGAUGCCUUCAGCCAGGCCUCAAACAUUGAGAAAUCAUUUCUUUUUGAUGUUGCGAGCAAGAUUUACAUAGCGACAGAUUCUUCCCCUGUAGAAAUCGCGACUUAUGAACUAUGUUGCGACGUAGUGGACGUAGCUUUAGAUAUAUCUGCUAUUUACGGGUGUGGAGAUGAAGACAAGCUUUUGUCAGCUUUUGAUUCUAGUUCUACAGCAGUAAUUAAGCUUCGUUCUAAACAUGUUUUAUAUUUGAGACAAGUCAAUAUGUUUCUUGCACUUGUUUGUAUCUCAAGGAUGGAACAUUUCGAAAAGCAGGCACUAGUGGAUUACAACUUUAAAAUUCUGAAAGAAGGCAUUCAUAACGUUUUUUUGGUUCGCAAGCAAAUGAUGUCAAAAAGGCGAAGGUUUCCCGUUAACUCUCGAUAA